CUCAGACGUUAAUGUUUGACUAGAGAUUUUUAGAAAUAAAUAUAUUUACAAAUUCUUUCUGUUUAUGAACUAUUUUUAAUUUUUGGGUUGUUUUCUUUUAUUUGCUUUCAUGGAGUGGUUGAAAAUGCUGUUUUUACAGCAACAACAGAGUGUUUGAGUGUUCAAUUUCUUUCUUUCCUUUUUUAAUUGAAGGACUUUGAUUAUCUGAAGUUUUGUUGAUCCAUAAGCAUUUGUAUCACUACAUUGUUUUCCACCCAUGGAGAUUGAUCCAUGGAUAGAGUUGCUUGAUAGAGUAUGAGCUCUCCAUCAACUGAACUUACCAGAAGGAUGGCGAUAUAUGAGCAAUUCCACCAUAUAAGCAGGUGGGCAGACACCUUCAAUGGUGACAAUAGUCCAAAUAUUGGAUCAUCCACAAUUGUUCCAGCAGAUGUCAGGCUAAAGAACAAGGCUGAAUGUAUAGCUUGUGAGCAAGUUGAACCAUCCAUUAGUGAUCAAGAAACCAACAAACCCUCCGAUAAGAUACAGAGACGUUUGGCUCAAAAUCGUGAAGCUGCUCGUAAAAGCCGAAUGCGGAAAAAGGCCUAUGUUCAACAACUAGAAUCAAGUCGUUUGAAACUAGCUCAAUUGGAGCAAGAGCUUGAAAGAGCUAGGCAGCAGGGUAUACACAUAGCCGGUGCAUCAGAGGCUGGUUAUUUUGAAUUGUCUGGAACUGUAAACUCAGGGAUUACUUCAUUUGAGAUGGAAUACAGACACUGGGUUGAAGAGCAAAAUAGACUGAUUUGUGAACUUAGAACUGCAGUCCAGGCACACAUUACUGAUAUAGAGCUCCGUAUACUCGUAGAAAGUGGCUUGAACCACUAUUACAAUCUGUUCCGCAUGAAAGCUGAUGCUGCUAAGGCAGAUGUCUUCUAUUUGAUCUCGGGUAUAUGGAGAACUUCAGCCGAGCGUUUUUUCCACUGGAUCGGAGGAUUCCGCCCGUCGGCGCUUUUAAAUGUUGUGGUGCCACAAAUUGAGCCGUUGACUGAUCAACAGCAUUUGGAAGUAUGUAAUCUUCGACAGUCUUCUCAGGAAGCUGAAGAUGCUCUUUCCCAAGGAGUAGAAAAACUGCAGCAGAGUUUGGCCGAGAGUGUAGCAUCUGAUUUGUGUUCAGGAAACUACAGAGCUCAGAUGGUUGCUGCAAUAGAUAAAUUGGAAGCCUUAGAGAACUUUGUAAGCCAGGCUGAUCACCUUCGCCAGCAGACGCUGCAGCAGAUGGCUCGAAUCCUGACAACCCGUCAAGCAGCUCGAGGUUUACUUGCCAUGGGGGAGUACUUUCAUCGUCUACGUGCUCUCAGCUCACUUUCGGCUGCUCGUGCAUGAGAACCAUCAAUAUGUCUAGGCUGUAUUCACCAGAAGUUUGUUCCUCAACUGGUAAGCAUUUGGAUUUUUGGAGGUCUUGUUUUAUGAACCACAAUAUAUAUGUAUGUAUAUAUAUAGUUUUCAGAGAAACUUCUUGGGCAUAAAACUUGUAAAUAUGAACCCUUAUACUGUAUCUCAAGAAGAAUUUUAGGUCAUUAAAGUUAGAUUUACUGAUGCUGUAUAGUACUUUCUAUAUUCAUUGGAAGCUGGAGAAUUAUAUUAGCAAGCUGUGAUUAUCUUA